GAAGCACCAAACCAGACGCUGCUCCACUUCAGCUUCUAACAGACCGAGGAGAGGCCACUACACAAGGUCAUCAAGGUGAACAUGACACACAUGGACUAUAAAAUCAUCUUCAUUUCGCUCUGCGUCUCGCUCAUCUCCAUUCACUGUCAAGGGCGCCCCAUGAGUAAAAGGACCGUGAGUGAAGUCCAGCUCAUGCACAACCUCGGAGAGCACAAGCAGAUUCAGGAGCGCCGGGAGUGGCUGCAGAUGAGGCUCCGGGGCAUCCACACCGUGGCAGCCCGGGACAGCAGCAGGGAGACGGGGACACCGAGGAGGAGGAGGCUCCGUCCUGAGGAGCUGCCCGAACUCAGCGACCUGACGUCGGAGGAGGUCCAGCACGCCUUGAACUUUUUGGAGAGGCUCCUCAAGUCAAAGCAGUCGUGAUUUUGGCUGCAUCCAGCCGCAGCCAUUUCCAUUUAUAUACCAGUGUCUACUUUUGAUUUGCUCCGUUCCACUUGUUUAUUUAUUUAUUUAAUUCUAGGAUAUUUAUGAUAUUGAUGUUAUAUUGAUAUGCACUUUUAUGUAGAGCUACAACCUGAAGUGGGUUAAGAACCGGACCAACUGUCGGCUUUUUUUUUUUUUUUCAUG